GAUACGAUUGAUACGGACGACGAAAUGGAUAUGGCUGACGAAACGGAUACGUUUGACGAAUCAGAAGAAUUAGAUGAGAAAUUAGAAAUAAGUAAUAAAUUUUGGGAAGCAGAUGACAUGAUUCAACAACAACCAAUAAAAACACAAAAAAUUUUAGAUAGUAUAUAUACAAGUCAGUUUAUUGACGUUGAUAAAAUUUCUCAACGAUUCAGUGAAGAAGUUAAGUCGGGUAAUGUAGCUG